CUUACAGAAAGCGAGAGCUGCGUUGUGCAUAGCUACAGGAGCAAGGCAGGGAGCACAUUAUCCAAGGUUCUCCAUCUGUUUCCUACUGGAUUUUUGAAUGAAGUUUUCUGUUGAAGUUUAUCAAAAGAAAAAACAAAUAUGGAUAAAACAAACGUGGGAAAGACAAAUGGUGAAGGCACUGUAGCUAAGAAAGAGAGCAAGGAGAAACAUAUGUCCUAUUCAGUGGAGACACCUUACGGGUUUCACUUAGACCUUGACUUCCUGAAAUAUGUGCACGAUAUAGAAAAAGGAAACACUAUCAAGAGGAUACAUAUUCAUAGAAGGGCAAAGCAAUCAAAAUUCAGCACACUUCCUCGAAAUUUUAGUGUACCGGGAAAUGGGUCUCAAUCAUAUUCUUCCUCAUCUCGUAAAACUUGGGAUUCUGCAUGUGCCAGAGCUGAUGCAAAAGAUAGCAGUGUUUUUGCAUCAAAUGAGUCACUACGUUUACGAUAUGUUCAUGAAUUAAAUUAUAGGAGAAAGGAUAGUGCACUUGAUUUACAUAGACCGACUGGAGAUCUAUAUCCCGAAGACUUUAGUAAUUGUAGAGAUAGGCCUAAUUUUGUACGAGCAUCAAGCAUGCCAGCUGCACUUCCACAAAGCACAAUGUUAUCAGAUCUUCCACAAUCAAUAAAUAGUUUUAGCGAAAGUAGAUUAACAUACUUUGAAGAACCUUUAAGAUCACAAAAAAAUAUUUCUGAAGACCACAUAACAGAAUCACUCAAAAGGAUAAAAGAACUUGAAGAUCAACUGAGAAUAAUUCCAGAACUCAGAGAGACAAUAUCAAUACUUAAAGAGGAAAAUAAACAGCUGACAGUUCAGCUAAAAUCUAUUUCCAAACUUCUUAAAGACAAAAAGGAACAACAGAAUGUAGAAUUCAAAACAAUAGAAAAUGAAAACACCACUGACGCUGCUACAUCAGAAAAUGGAGAAAGAAGUCAUCUAAGUGCUGGGGAAUUAGAUCAGUCGUUGUUUCUGGAUAUUAAACAGAAUGUAACAGAUUUGACAGCACAAUUGUAUGAUAGCACAAAUGAGCUUCACAACUUUAAAGCAUUGGUGGAAACACAAACUAGUGAAAUACAGGAAAAGGAUAUUCAUAUUGCUGAACUCACAAGUUUGACCAGUAGAAUGGAAGAAGUCAUAAGCAGAAGGCAUAGAGAAAAAAGAGAAUACAAAGAUAUAGCAGUAAACACUGACCCAAUAAAGGACCUGAAGGAAACAUGUGAUAAGAGCACUUAUACAAUUACCUCUGUGGAGUUUAAAUCAGUAGGAUGUGGUAAUGAUUUAGUAGACUUGGGUGAGCACCGUCUUUUAGAAUCAGGGCAAACUUCACAUCUAAUUGUGGCUGAGUCUACAUUGGAUGUGCACUCUGGACAACAGUUUUCCCCUGGUGAAUUAACAUGUGAAGAAGCUAUAAAGAUUAGUAGUAAUGUUAGACAUGUUGGAGAUGGUUGUAUGGAGACUGUUGGAUCUCAAGAAAUGGCCAUUGAAAACAAAGCAUGCAUCUAUGAAGAGGAGGAAGAGAAAACCAAAGAUUGUUCUGAUGUUCAAACUCCACCAGAUGCAUCUGUAGGACAGUAUGUAAAGAGAAUUCAAGAUCUUUUACAAGAGCAGUGGACAUACUUGGAAAAGGGAUAUCCAGACCUAGCUUGUGCCAUAAAACAGCCUGCCUCUAAACUCAGUUCAAUUCAGACACAGCUGGUGAACUCCCUGAAUUUGCUGUCAUCCGUUUACUCAACUUCAACAGGAUCAGAUAAAGAGAAUUCCAAGACUGGGAGCCAAGAAAGGGAAGCAACCCCUAGAACCAGCCUGAAAUCUAUAAUGAAAAAGAAAAACAGUAACUGCCGCUCGGGAGGCAAUGAGGCUCGAGCUAAAAAGAAUCUGCAGUUUGUUGGGGUCAAUGGUGGUUAUGAAACGACAUCAAGCGAGGAUUCAAGCUCAUCAGAAGAAUAUGAAGACAAUGAUACUGAGAAGGCCAAUACUGAAACUGAUCUAUGUGAAUAUGCAGCUAUUAAAGGGCAAACGGAUCAUUUGUUAAAUCUGGAACCAGAGGAGAACGAGCAGGAACCGCCAGAUAUUGCUCUUUCUGCAACUUCAGACACUCAAAAAGCUCUACAAAGAUCUAUCAUGGGAGAUUCCAUUCGCAGAGAUUGUGAAAUAUUAAGCAGCCAUCUUGCUGAGCUAAGAACCACCUCAGACAACCAACUGAGACAAACCUUCUACACUGUCUGCCAAGAAUGGUUUAGAGUGUCGAGCCAGAACUCAUCCAGGCCUGAUAAUGUUGCAGUUUAUCUUGAAGAAUUCAGAUCAAUCAGUCCCCAGCUGUUACAGAUGAUUGUAAAUAUCUCUGAUGAAAACGGAAACACUGCGCUUCAUUAUAGCGUUUCUCAUUCCAACUUUGGGAUUAUAAAACUCCUGUUGGAGACAGGAGUGUGCGAUGUUGACCAUCAGAAUAAAGCUGGAUAUACACCAGUAAUGCUCACGCCACUGGCGGCUGCAGAAACCGAUGAGGAUAUGAACGUGGUUCAUGAACUUCUGAAUCGUGGCAAUAUUAACCUCUGCUCCACUCAGGAAGGACAGACAGCACUGAUGCUUGGGGUCAGCCAUGGGAGGUCGGACAUGGUAAAAGUCCUGUUAAGCUGCGGUUGUGACAUAAACGUGCAGGAUGAAUACGGUAAUACUGCUCUGAUGAUCGCCUGCCAGCUGGAAAGUACUGAAAUCAUAAAGCUCCUACUGGCUCAACCAGAGUGUGAUACUGAAUUAACUGACAAGGCUGGCAACUCUGCCUUGUCUAUUGUUACACAUUCUGCCCACAGCGAGAUUGCAGAACUUCUACAAACCCACACAGAGCAGAGACGUUCCAGUGCCUCAACUGAAACGGGAAGAGGCGCCUCAUUGUAAAUGAAAUUGGAGAACAAAAGUCCUAUUAUAUAGCCAUUCACUCUGUUGUAGAUUUGUGAGUGUUGAUAUGAUCUGAAGUAUGUGCAUAUGUUUCUACAAAUGCACUCAUAUACUUGUUUCCUGUACAUUGUCAGUAUAUAGGUCAUUAGAUUUCAGCAGAAAUUCACAGAUAAUAACCUCUGUAGAAAUGGUCAUUAAUAUUUAAGUGUCAGUAUUACACACUCUGUAUUUAUUAUUCACUUAAUUACCAGUAUUUUCUAUGUUCUAUUUGGUUAAAAUCAUUGCUGAUCCCAUAAUGAAUAAAACAGAGUUUUACACAUUGUUCUCUACAAGCACAAAGUUAGGGAGACGUUGUACACACAAAUGUUUUCAUCCAUAUGAAAGAAUGCAGUUUGCAUAUGUUGACAUUUUUAAUAACUUAAUAAUUUUGAGGUAAAAGCUGUUUAAAUUGAAA